AAGAUCUGGCAGCGCCACAGCCCCGGGAAUCCCCGGAAUGGACAACACCUAAACGCUUCAAAAUGGGCAGACCUGCUGCUCACUUUAAUCUACGACAGCAGGGUGCGGUACGAUAUCCUGGGCAAGCCGUUUUAUUUACGACGGCGGCUGCGCGGGACGGAAAACUUUAGUGCAGCGGCCUAUACAACCUGUUGUUUGUUGCUGGCAAGUGUCAGUGUCCUGUCUGCUGUGCUCUGAGUCAUUUUGUACUACGUGCUUGUGAACACAGGACGUCACAUUGGUGUAAUUGUCAUGUAUUGAGCAGAACGAACUAAUUUAAUGUUCAGAUCACGGAUUGUUAGAUACCUGCCGGGCUCAACAGGUGCUACUGCUAUCACGAACAGCAGGCCUGACUGGUGAUGCAGCAUGACGGUAACAGUAACAGCAGAACAUGUAUACAAAGAACCAGUAGAGAUGGUGGCAGCUACACACCUCUCCAAGUUCCCCAAUGAAUAUGACCCCAAUAUCUUGAGCUGCAAUGUGGUAGAGUGUCGGGUACAGGACGACGGAAGGACCUACACAAGAAGGGUGGCUGCUGUAAGAAAUGUGCUGCCCCAACUUUUGAGAAGGAUCAAGAGUUUGCAGUGUGAGCAGCUGAUGGUGGAAGAGGAGUGCUGGUGGGAUUGGAAGUCAAGAAAACUAGAUGUCAAGUCCUGUAACCUUUCUGCCUCUGACUGGAUCACUCUUAUGGAGAACUCUUCAUACUCACCUUACAAUCAAAAUCCAAAUUGGACUCAGUUUGAACAAAAGGGAACCAUCACAGUGCAUGGCCUAGGAACUGUGGGAUGCCUCAUUGAAGUGUUCAGUAAGAGGUUUCUGAAUGCUGGGGCACAGCGCAGCAUUGCUGUCACAGAGAAGCUCAUGGCAGAAAAGGCUAAUAGGAUCAAAUCUUGCUGGUUCUCUGAGUUCCUGUUUGCAUGAUACCGCGAGGUAAUAUUUGUGGAAAACAAAAGUUUAUGAUAUCAAAAGUAACACUUGGUAAAUAUACCAUGUUCUUUCAUAAGCAGAUCAUUAAGAAUUCUUGACGACUAUUUCUAAGACCAUAUUUUUUGUAAUGAUCUCAGAGACAGAUACCUAGAAUGUAUUUAACUUCUGCUCAGGUUUAAUAGGUGAUUUUGUGGAAGAAGGAUUAAAGGCUGCUUCCCCUGGAACUUUUUGGAAGAAUAAAGAUUAGUAUUUCCUUCUAGUUUUAAUUAUAUUUUUUUUCCUGCAGUAAAAGAAGUCAUAGUAAAAGUAGUGUGUAAAUUAUUGAAAAUUUUGUCCAAAGAAUUAGGAAUUACUGUCCAAAAAGGACAGAGCAUGCACCCAUUCACAUUAUGACAGGUGGUGGUAAUGUAGGGCCAGAUUGUUAAAACAUUCCUUCCCUUCCCUGAGAGAUUCUCUCACAAGAGAUUCUGUCAGCUCCUUGAAGGCCCAUGGUACCAAUAAAUUGUUCCUGUCCCUUCCCUUCGUGCAAUUCUCCUGUGGUAAGGUUGGUUUGUUGGAAGGGAGUCCUGUGCACUAGCGAUCUUCAUGCAGCUGCUGUUUACUUAGAAAAAGCAAGUCUCCAAGCUUUUUCACACCUGUUUUAGAUCAGGUAAGCCUGUUUUUCUAGUUUAUUGUUACUUUUUAUAAGCUUAAUGAUGGAAUCAAUUUAUGUGUGUAAUAAAAAGACUGCCUUGAUGCCCAGUUAUCUUGAACUGGAGUGUGGCAAAAUACAUCCCUUACCCUGCCAGUUUCAUCCAAUUAAUUAAUAAGAUGAGCACAUUUCCUUAGCUUUUUGUCAUGCGCAAGCAGUUUUGUAACAAAGGUAACCUGUAGGAGUAAUAUGAAGAGCAGUCUGCAUUCCUUUUUUUUUUUAAUUAGGUGAUGGCAAAAAUAUCUGUGCUGUGGAUAUAUUACCAUGUUUAUUCAUGCCAAUGUAUUGCCAAGAUCAUGUCAUAUUCUUAUUUUAUUGGUACUUAUAAGCUAUAUAAUGACAAACUUAAGCUUAUGGGGGAAGAUAUAGGGUGAAAUUAGUUGGGAGACCAGUGAAAAAAAAAAUCCUUCCUAUUUUGUUUCUGUAGGUUAAUACAAUUAUGAAAAUGAUAGUUAAGUGUUGUGCAAAUGUUAUUUUAAUUCAUGGGAUUAGAUAUGUUGUAUGUAACUCAUUAAAACUAACUCCAACCUUACUUCACGUAACCUUAACUUAUUACUGAUCAAACCUAAACUUAUCCUUAUUUCACCUAUCCCCUAUCCUAACCUCAGCUCUCCCGUAGUGUGAUCUUGGUCUCUUUCUCAAUCUCUACUCCUGUUCUGUAAGGCUUCACAAAAUAUGCAGACUGGAAUGAUAUGUGUGAAGAUGUAGGUUACAUGCUUGCAUACUAUUCUAAUAUGUUAACAUAUGAAGUAAUAAAGAGCAUAACAUC